AUGGGUUUUGCCAAGAAAGAGUAUGAGUUUCUAAGCGGGAUCGGUCUGGGUCCCGAGAAUCCUGGUGGCUUCAUCAAUGGCAAGUGGAAGGCAAGUGGCCCAGUUAUCUCUACUGUUAACCCUUCUAACAAUCAGCAAAUUGCUAAAGUCACGGAAGUGUCUAUAGAAGAUUAUGAGGAGGGCUUGCGUGCCUGCAAUGAAGCAGCCAAGACAUGGAAGAGUCUCCCAGCACCAAAAAGAGGUGAGAUUGUUAGGCAAAUAGGAGACGCAUUAAGAGAGAAAUUGCAGCAUCUGGGUAGGCUUGUGUCCCUCGAGAUGGGAAAAAUACUUGCUGAAGGAAUUGGGGAAGUUCAGGAAGUUAUUGAUAUGUGUGACUAUGCUGUUGGACUGAGCCGACAACUGAAUGGAUCUAUCGUACCUUCCGAACGUCCAAAUCAUAUGAUGUUUGAGGUCUGGAAUCCAUUGGGGGUAGUUGGUGUCAUCACUGCUUUCAAUUUCCCAUGUGCUGUUCUUGGAUGGAACGCCUGCAUUGCGUUAGUCUGUGGUAACUGUGUUGUAUGGAAGGGUGCACCAACAACUCCAUUGGUAACUAUUGCUGUGACAAAGCUAAUUGCUGAAGUUCUUGAAAAAAAUAACUUGCCAAGUGCUAUAUUCACCUCUUUCUGUGGGGGAGCUGAAAUUGGUGAAGCAAUAGCAAAAGACACACGGAUACCCUUGGUUUCAUUCACUGGAAGCUCAAAGGUAGGUUCGAAGGUGCAAAAAUUUGUCAAUGAGAGGUUUGGUAAAUGCUUACUUGAAUUAAGUGGAAACAAUGCCUUAAUUGUUAUGGAUGAUGCCAACAUUGGGCUGGCAGUGCGUUCUAUCUUGUUUGCUGCUGUUGGUACUGCUGGUCAGCGCUGCACAACGUGCCGCAGAUUGUAUCUUCACGAAAGUAUAUAUCAAAGUGUAUUGGAUCAACUAGUUGGACUUUACAAGCAAGUCAAAAUUGGGGAUCCUUUGGAGAAAGGAACUCUAGUCGGGCCAGUACAUACUCAGGCUUCGAGAGAGAACUUUGAGAAGGGGAUUUCAACCAUAAAAUCUCAGGCAUGUUCUCUGGGGGGGAAGAUCCUUACAGGCGGAUCGGUUAUAGAGUCAGAUGGCAAUUUUGUACAACCGACAAUUGUAGAGAUUUCUUCAGAUGCCUCUGUGGUGAAAGAAGAAUUGUUUGGCCCAGUUCUCUAUGUUAUGAAAAUUAAGACUCUUGAAGAAGCAAUUGAACUGAACAAUUCGGUACCACAAGGAUUGAGUAGUUCAGUCUUCACAAGCAAGCCAGAAACUAUUUUUAAAUGGAUUGGGCCACAUGGUAGUGAUUGUGGUAUAGUGAAUGUAAAUAUACCUACUAAUGGAGCUGAGAUUGGUGGUGCAUUUGGCGGAGAAAAGGCAACCGGCGGUGGUCGUGAAGCAGGAAGUGACUCCUGGAAGCAAUACAUGAGACGUUCGACAUGUACGAUCAAUUAUGGGAGUGAACUACCACUUGCUCAGGGUCAAAGAAGGUACAUUCAGCAGAAUCUGCUGUCAAGGUUACGAGUAGCCUGCCAGCUUGAAUGUGCCAAAGGAAACCUGAACAGAUGUUUAUGA